GGCUCCGGUCGCCGACGUCCGGAAUUUUCCGGUCGGGGUUUCCUCCCUUAACUCAUAGAAUGCCUGGCGUCAGUAACGUUUCGGUGUUGAGCAGGGGUGGUUUUUUCGCGUCACUUUGACGCGAACUCGGGUUACGUUCCGUCAAUGAUAUAAUUAACAAUUUGAUAAAACUUGACUCAGGACGAUUCUGUGCGCGAUUCUGUGCAACUGUGAGGUGAAAAUGCGUUGGGUCCUCGUUUUCGGGGCGCUUUGCUGCUGUGUGACUUGUCAAACGUUGGUGCCCGACGAAGAAGAAGCAGCGAUCGUCUCAUCGGUGGACGCCGUGCUGGGUAGGAGUGCCACAUUACCAUGUGACAUUGACCCAGGAAUCAGGGAAGAUCGGGUAUACAUGGUGCUAUGGUACAGAGACACCCACACUAAACCCAUCUACAGUUUCGACGUUCGAGGUCGACCUUUCAACAAAGCGAUCCACUGGUCGGACCCCAUGGUGUUCGGCCCCCGAGCUUACUUCGUGACGGUCUCAAAGCCCGCCGCUCUCACCCUCGACGGAGUGACUCUGAACGACGAAGGCAUCUACCGAUGUCGAGUAGAUUUUCGCACAACGCCGACCAGGAAUUUCGCCAUCAAUCUUACGGUCAUUGUUCCUCCGCACCAACUGUUGGUGUACGACAACUCCGGCCGCGACAUCGCUGGCAUCGUGGGCCCCUUGGAGGAGGGUUCUGAUCUGGUCCUAACUUGCGAGGUUCGAGGAGGGCGGCCCACCCCGACGGUGUCCUGGUUCAUGAAUGAGCGUCUCGUCGAGGGGGAGGUGGAAGCCAUCGGCGAUACGCUGAUGGUAAACCGCCUAGCAGUAAAGGCAGUGCGACGAGAGCACCUCAACUCCACGUACAAGUGCCAGGCCAGCAAUACAAAGUUGAUGAUGCCCGCAGAGAAGACUGUAAGACUAGAACUUCUCCUGCGGCCUCUCAGUGUUGUCAUUCCUUACAAACCCCGGCAAAUGGUAGCCAGACAGGACUACACCAUACAAUGCCAAGUGACGGGGUCAAGGCCUAAGGCGACGGUGACCUGGACGAGAGACAAUCGAGACUUCAGAAGGGGCAAGUUUGUGGAGGAAGGCAACGAGACUGUGGUAAUAAGCUCAGUGACGUUCUCUCCAGAGCCCGAAGACGACGGCACAUUCCUCAAGUGUCUGGGUGACAACCCGAAGCUGCCCGGCUUCAGCCAGGAAGACUCGUUCAAAUUGAACGUCGUCUAUCCCCCCAAAGUGGAGCUUCACCUGGGCAGCACUCUCAAUCCCGAAGACAUCAAAGAAGGCGACGACGUGUACUUCGAGUGCAUCAUCAAAGCCAACCCUAAGCAGCACAAGAUCACGUGGUUCCACGAUGGCACACUGGUGAGUCAGAACAUGUCAUCGGGCGUGAUCAUCAGCACACACAGCCUGGUCCUGCAGAGGGUCACCAGGUGGCAGAGCGGCGCCUACACCUGCUUGGCGGCCAACCCUCGCGGGGAAAAUGUCAGCAAUCCUGUCAUGCUGAGGGUUAGAUAUGCUCCGGUUUGCCGCGACACCGAGAUGACAGUAAUCGGAGCCUCCCUCAACGAGGUGAUAAAAGUGCGUUGUCACGUGUCGGCCGACCCCAACGACGUUACCUUUGUCUGGCAAUUCAACAACAGUGGCGAAAGCUUUGACGUCUCCCCCGCCCGCAUCUCAGCCUCCAUCGGCAACGUGAGCGAGCUUAUGUACACCACCUCUUCCCAGCGCGACUACGGCACCCUCACCUGCUGGGGCAAAAACUCGAUCGGUCGUCAGGCGGACCCCUGCGUCUUCCAAGUGGUUCCUGCAGGUAGCAUAACUUUUCGAAAAAUCGCUCCGAAAUUUACAAUUCUCACUCCAGCCAAGCCCAACCCUCUCACCAAUUGCACCCUUCGCGCCGCUACAAAUCACAGCUUAGACGUGCUAGAGGUGGAGUGCCGCGCUGGCUACGACGGAGGCCUCCCCCAGCGGUUCAUCCUGGAGGCCUACGACGCCUACACCAUGCGUCUGCGGCUCAACCUUAGCAGCACGGAGUCCGACAUUCCUGUCUUCCGGCUGGAUCUGGGGGAGAUGCUCCCGCCCUCCGGGGAGGGCUUCCCACCCUCGCUUCGCAUUGUUGUCUACGCGCAGAACGCCAAAGGGCGCAGCGAGAAGCUUGUGUUGGAGGACAUCAUGCUCAACGACGCCGAGAAACGCACAGAUGGGAGCAGUAAUAUGAGCAUCCUCCCCAUUGCGGCUCUCUUGACGGGGUCUCUUUUGACUCUGGGCAUCGCUGUGUUGCUCAUAGUAGUGCUGGCUGUCAGACGAAAGCACCGGCACUGCGGAGGUGGCCAUUGCAACUAUCAGCUGGAUCCUUCAAAGCAGCCCAAAGUUCCGGGUCAGUCCUCCAGGCCCGGAUCAAUGUUGGAAAUCAACACGGGAGAUAAUCGCUACGUGGUAGCGUACACCCUGAAACCGGCAGCGGACUGCGGCACGCAGCCCACCGCCAAUUCGUCCGUAGAUAGGCAACCAGAUAUACUCAACACCCCCAGAGGUGCUGACACGACAACGCCACCCGGGCUGCCGAGACCUGAUGCCCUUUUCACCCCCUCAACGGGAGAACGGAAUCGGCAGCAACAUAGUCCCCCGACAUUCCCCAACUUUUCCCACGAAGAGCAGAUCUCAUCGCCAGAAGUGUCUGUGAACCAAUCGGGGGGCACUUUAGGCCGGCCCCGUCCGCGCCCUCGAGACAUUUCCUAUUCCAACUUUGCCACAAUGAGGAGAGACCACAUCAUAGCAGACGCCAUUCCGGGACCUGAAAGUUGUGUUUAAUGAACUGAGUUGAUCAGUGUUGCCACCUCCAGUUAAAAACUUUCGUCAUUUUUCCUAAUCAAAAUAAUGAUUCUUCCAUUUGUAACUAAACAAGGGAAUUAAUCUGGAGGCGGUAGCACUAAUAUAGCGCCUGUGAUACAGGAGUAGAUGCCAAGUGUUUCUAGCAAAUGAUUCUGUUUAGGUAGUGGAACAAUCACAGACUCUCGAGCUUAACUAAUUGUUUUUAGAUAGGACUUUUCCGAAAACUAUCAACGAAUAAAACUUGACAAAUGAACGACCGACCAUAAUUCUCUAGGCCUACAAAAUGAACAAUCGUGAUCUAGCAUUAAUUAAUUUAUGAGUAUUCAGAAUUAAUUCUAGACCAACGAAUGUAGAAACAAAACACUUAUACACGGGCAUAAUAAAUGUGUAACUUUUAAUACGGAUGAAUGUUAAUUAAAAUUUAGAAAAACUAAUCAUACUGUGUAUGAUUUAUUGUAAACUAUUUACUUUUUGAUGUGAGGGAAACGAGAUAUUAAAGAGAAAAACAUAAAUAUCUGAUGAAACGUUCCCACUUCAGUUACGCCGUUCUUUCAUUACAUCAUAGGCUUGGAAAGGCGUUCGAAUUACAAAUACUAAUUAAAAGCGUUCUCUCCCAGAUAAGUCAGUGUCAAAUUUAUUUAAAUCGAUAAUCGAAAAUUUUCCUACAGUAAUAAAAGCUUGGCGUAUCUGUCCAAAGACUGUUUCCACUAUGUAAUAAAUUACAAUUAAGUGUAUAUGUACAAUAAGUCAAAUACUAUGUACAUAUGUUAUUAGAUGAAUUUGUUUUAUCAUAUAAAAGCUUUAUUGCUGUGCAAUAAUGUAUUUUGUAAAUAAAGUGUGCUUACUAAAGAAUGCGUGUGAGUUACAAUAUGUUGAGAUGUUGUUUGUAUUAAUUUAUUCCUGUAAAUAAUCG